AACAUUUAUCAGAUAACUCCCACAGAUAGUAGCCAGCACUCAGUCAGUCACAGUCUCAAUCAGUCAGGCAGUCGUAAGCAGGUGGCUGUGUCUCUAGUUAGUGGUUGUCGUUGGUGAUGGCAGGUUACCCUCAGUAUCCACCCGGGGCCUACCCACCCCCUCCUGUCCCCACCGCCCCGCCGGCUCAGCCACCAGUCCCAACCGCCCCUGCCGCUUACCCUCCACCUUACCCACAACAACCCUACACGCCCCCGCCGCCACAGCCCACAGCCCAGGUGGUGGUCCAACAGCAGCGGCCGCCAACGGUGGUGGUGCAGGCCCAGCCACCGCCGCCCACCGUGGUAGUGCAGGAGAAGGUGGUGGUGGGCAGGAGACCAGCCCGUCCUGGGGUAGGCGUGGGCGUGGGCAUGGCCAUGGGACUAGCGGCGGCCGGUGCCUUUCCACACCAUCACCACCACCAUCACCACCGCCGCCGCCACCACCACCACCAUCGCCACGGAUGGUGGUAGUUAGAGUAUGCAUAUGAUGAGAGAGAGAGAGGAAUGAUUCUAUGUACAAAAUAAUUAUUUUGAUUUUCAAUUCCUCAUAGUCUUUGUUUCUGGUAAAAACAAAUUUCUUAUCGUAAAAUUAAAAUGACACGAUCUUUUUCCUUCACUUUCAUAUGCUUUUUCGUGUAAAAUCUGACUUUUUACGAGUUAAUUCAGCACGAAGCAUGCCAACGAAUGUACCCAAGUUGUAAUGAACACGGCAAACACGGCACGGAUCUUGCAAACAACAGAUAACAGACACGCUGGAGCAUGCAGCACGAGCAGUGCAAACAGUGUGGCAUCACACUGCAGCAUGCAGUACGAACUGUGCAAACAAGGUGUGACAAUCACACCGCAGCAUGCAGCACGAACCGUGCAAAAAAAGUGUGGUAUCACACUGCAGCAUGCAGCACGAACUGUGCAAAGUGUGACAAUCACACUGCAGCAUGCAGCACGAACCGUGCAAACAAAGUGUGACAAUCACACUGCAGCAUGCAGCACGAACUGUGCAAACAGUGUGACAAUCACACUGCAGCAUGCAGCACGAACCGUGCAAACAAAGUGUGACAAUCACACUGCAGCAUGCAGCACGAACCGUGCAAACAAAGUGUGACAAUCACACUGCAGCAUGCAGCACGAACUGUGCAAACAGUGUGACAAUCACACUGCAGCAUGCAGCACGAACCGUGCAAACAAAGUGUGACAAUCACACUGCAGCAUGCAGCACGAACCGUGCAAAGUGUGACAAUCACACUGCAGCAUGCAGCACGAACCGUGCAAAGUGUGGCAAUCACACUGCAGCAUGCAGCACGAACCGUGCAAACAAGGUGUGACAAUCACACUGCAGCAUGCAGCACGAACCGUGCAAAGUGUGGCAAUCACACUGCAGCAUGCAGCACGAACCGUGCAAAGAGUGGCAAUCACACUGCAGCAUGCAGCACGAACCGUGCAAAGUGUGACAAUCACACUGCAGCAUGCAACACGAACCGUGCAAAGUGUGGCAAUCACAUGUCAGCAUGCAGCACGAACCGUGCAAAGUGUGACAAUCACACUGCAGCAUGCAGCACAGAUCACAAGCAAGAAUGUAGUGAACACGGUGCAGAGAACACGGGACGUGGAUGAAAGGUGACGCUGGUAAGCAAGCUCUGGGUGUACACGAGGGUUGUCCCGGGGCACACAGAGAUGAACACACACACCCGGUAGCUCAGUGGUUAGAGCGCUGGCUUCCUAAGCCAGAGGACCGGGAUUCGAUUCCCCGGCCGGGUGGAGAUAUUUGGGUGUGUCUCCUUUGACGUGUAGCCCCUGUUCACCUAGCAGUGAGUAGGUACGGGAUGUAAAUCGAGGAGUUGUGACCUUGUUGUCCCGGUGUGUGUUGUGUGCCUGGUCUCAGACCUAUCCGAAGAUCGGAAAUAAUGAGCUCUGAGCUCGUUCCGUAGGGUAACGUCUGGCUGUCUCGUCAGAGACUGCAGCAGAUCAAACAAACAGUGAAACUUACAAUCGUGUCAUGCAGAUAACCAUUAACUGUGAAGUUGAGUUCGCCAUGACACAUCCACAUGUGUAAUGAGUAAGCCAGCUGUAGCCUUGCUAACCGUGUUUUUUUUUUGUGUGUGUGUGUGAGGGGAGAAAGGUUGUACCAAUUUAUAUUAAUUUUACUUAUUUAAUUGUCAAUUAUGGUUUUAAUUGGUGUUACUUUUCAUUAUUAUAAUAAGAGAAGGUUGUACAACAAAUAAUUGAGCCUCAUUAGGGACAUCGUUUUGUUAUAUGAGGGAAGUUAUAUUUUUUGUGAUUAUUAUUUAUGUUGCACUGCAGUUACUCAUUUUGUGCCAUAUAACAUUCUUUGAACAGAAGUUUGAAUAGGACAUUAAAUGUUACUAUUACUGUAAUUCACUGUUCAAACUGUGGUUAAUAUAUAUAUAUAUAUAUAUAUAUAUAUAUAUAUAUAUAUAUAUAUAUAUAUAUAUAUAUAUAUAUAUAUAUAUAUAUGUGUGUGUGUGUGUGUGUGUGUGUGUGUGUGUGUGUGUGUGUGUGUGUGUGUGUGUGUGUGUGUGUGUGUGUGUGUGUGUGUGUGUGUGUGUGUGUGUGUGUGUGUGUAGUUUCCUGUGGCGUCAUAUAUUUUAUGAUUUCUUGUCACUUUCUCGAAACUUCGCGCUGUAAGAAAAUAAUAAGAAAAUAAUGAGCAACACAUAUAAGCUGUAUCAUCUGGUAUAUAUGAAAUAAAAAAAUUCAAUAAAUAAA